CGUGAAAUUCCGCAAUAUUCAUGAAAAAUGAAAAAUACAAAAAAGAAAACGCCCAAUUCAAAAACUCCCAAUGCCAUGAAUAUUGAAAAAGAAUACGUCGUCGAAAAAAUCCAAGGAAAGCGUUUCUUCCAAGGAGAAACGCAGUAUUUUGUUAAAUGGAAGGGCUUCGGGCCAGAGAGCAGCACGUGGGAACCAAUGCAGAAUCUUGGGAAUUGCAUCCAUCUGUUGGCAAAAUAUGAGAACGAUGUCUACUAUAAUAGUUGCAGCAAACCGGAAGAGCAAAAGCCUAUUCAAAUCUACGAUUGGAAUCAAAAAGGUGUCCAACUGAGCGAAUCCAGUGCCGAUGAAACAUCGCCGGCUUUUGAACCAGUAACCCCACAAAAAAAUCAAAGCGCGUUGUCAGCCACAUCCUCCUCCUCCAUCUCCUCCUCCUCUUCCUCAUCCUCUUAUACUUCCACCUCCGGGUCCUCAGCCACCUCUUCACAGUCAAGCUCUUCGCUUUCCCGACCCCAACCCCAACCCCAACCAGAUCCAGUUCUGCCUACCAAGCAAACCAAACCCCCACCACAACCAGAUCUCCCUACCAAUAAAAAAAAAGUAAAGUUCGGCGACAUACUGGAUGCUGCAACUAAGCAUAAGGAAGACGCAGAGAGGAAGCUAUCUACGACCACCGAAAAAACUCACCUCAAUAGCUCCCUUGAGGGUAACGAGGACUUUAGUACUUCAGAGGAUGAGGAGGAUGAACAGGAUGAAAUUUCUGGUUUAGAGCUUGGGCUCAAGCUGGAAAGAGUGAUCCACAAAUUUCAAGUGAGAGAUGAUUUGUAUCUAGUCGUAAGGUGGAUUGGCCGCGAUGUGCCUGAUAUGGUCCAUAUCGAUGAAAUAAAAGAUUUAUAUUCACAUGAAAUAAAUCAAUAUUUCCAGACUAUUGAACGGAUCAAUGAUGACCUGGUAAAAUUAGGCUCUAGCAAUGGGAAUAACAACAAAAAGCAGAUGCGGAAAGUUCAGGGUCGACGCUCUUAAAUUUACUUUCCUUUUCUUAGUUUUUAUCAUUGUCAUAUCUUUUUAAAGUAUUUACAGCAAUGUGUAUUUACUCGAAUGUGCCGAAAGUACCUUCUUUCACACAUAAUUUGUAUGCUCUCGAAGAGCUUCUAUGAAGAACUUGUUUAAAUAUUAUUAAGAAAUUAUAGACUAUAGUUUAAAGUUAGUACAUUACGUUGGACGGAUGUACUAAGUUGUCAUACCGUUUUGAGUUUGAGAACUCAGUCAGAUCAAUUACUUAUCACAAUGAAUUAUUAAGAAAUUAUAGACUAUAGUUUAAAGUUAGUACAUUACGUUGGACGGAUGUAACUACGAAGGAAUCAAUGAAACUAGCUAUUAUUUGAAACAAUGAGUUUGUUAUACCGUUUUGAGUUUGAAAACUCAGUCAGAUCUAUUACUUAUCACAAUGAAUUAUUAAGAAAUUAUAGACUAUAGUUUAAACUUAGUACAUUACGUUGGACGAAUGUAACUACGAAGAAAUCAAAGAAACUAGCCAUUAAUUGAAACAAUGAGAUUGUUAUACCGUUUUGAGUUUGAAAACUCAGUCAGAUCUAUUACUUAUCACAAUGAACAAAGAAUUUGUUUAACAAUUUUCCAAUAAAUAUGUGUAUUAGUAUGGACAUUGUUCUAUGUGACAUCUGA